AUGAACAUUUCUGCAAGAAGUUCGAAGCUUCAGGGUCUGCGGCCUGCGGCUCUUCAGGUGAACAAGAGCUCUUCAAAGAUUAUGAAGAAGAAGAAUAAUAGUAGUCAUGUUGAAAGAGUAAAAUCUCCUGUGGUGGUAUAUUUGGUGUCUCCAAAGAUUAUUCAUGUAAGAGGUGAAGAAUUCAAGGGGCUCGUGCAGCGGCUUACCGGGAAACAAGCAUCUUCAGAAGCUACUGUAAAGGAAAAAGAUAAUAAGCAGGGCAGUGGUGGAGUGAAUUAUGAAGAUGUAAAUACUCUUCCAGGCAAUUUAGCUGCUGCAUAA